GUCGACGCGUAUUAUUAUUAUUAUAUCCACAGGAUUUUUCUUGCCUUGAACCAAUACCCUAAAGACGGGUUUCUUUGAAAGAAUUUCUGGCACAAGUGCCUUAUUCCAACAUUCUUUUGCUUAAUUUUUUCUUUAGUAUUGUUUGAACGAGUCGAAUUAACGAAAUACUUAUAGAAUGGGUGAUACAGAGGUAGAAGUACGUCUUAAUGAGCCAAAUGAUGCGAACGUAGCCAAUGCUGGCGCUCCUGCUAAUGGGGGUGCUGACUACAAUUACGAUGUCAAUGUUGAGGCAGAAGAAGAAGGAGUAGCAGGACCUAUGCCUCUUCAAAUGCUAGAAGGAAACGGUAUCACAUCUACUGAUAUAAAAAAAAUCCAUGAAGCAGGCUACUAUACAGUAGAAUCGAUUGCUUAUACCCCUAAGCGGCAAUUGCUUUUGAUUAAGGGUAUUUCUGAAGCCAAGGCCGAUAAACUCCUAGGUGAAGCUAGUAAACUCGUCCCCAUGGGCUUUACAACAGCUACGGAAUAUCAUAUUCGAAGAAGUGAGUUAAUUACUAUAACAACAGGAUCUAAACAGUUGGACACCUUAUUACAAGGUGGUGUCGAAACAGGUAGCAUCACUGAAUUGUUUGGUGAGUUUCGUACUGGUAAAAGUCAAAUUUGCCAUACUUUAGCCGUUACUUGUCAAUUGCCAAUUGAUAUGGGUGGUGGAGAAGGAAAAUGUUUGUAUAUCGACACGGAAGGCACAUUUCGUCCUGUUCGUCUUUUGGCCGUCGCUGAUCGUUAUGGAUUGAACGGCGAAGAAGUUUUAGACAAUGUUGCUUAUGCUCGUGCAUACAAUGCUGAUCACCAGCUUGAAUUACUGCAACAAGCAGCCAAUAUGAUGUCUGAAUCACGAUUUUCGAUGCUCGUCGUGGAUAGUUGUACCGCUUUAUAUCGUACGGAUUUCUCUGGUCGGGGUGAAUUAUCUGCUCGUCAAAUGCACCUUGCUCGUUUUAUGCGUACACUUCAACGACUAGCGGAUGAAUUCGGAAUUGCUGUUGUGAUUACCAACCAAGUAGUUGCUCAAGUCGACGGCAUCUCUUUCAACCCUGAUCCCAAAAAGCCUAUUGGUGGCAAUAUCCUUGCACACUCGAGUACCACUCGACUUUCCUUGCGGAAAGGACGUGGAGAACAAAGAAUUUGUAAGAUUUAUGACAGUCCAUGUCUUCCUGAAAGUGAAGCCAUAUUUGCCAUCAAUGCAGACGGUGUUGGCGAUCCAAAAGAAAUUCUUGCUCCCAUCUAAGUGAUAAAUUCCCUAUUAGAUUACUCUAUUUUCCAAAAACGUUUCUGCCUAUAUUGAUUAUUACAGCAGUGAAGGGCCGGCUAGAAAUUGCCAUUUUUAGAACCUCUUCUGUUAUGGAUCCCAUUUAGGGCAUCAUUUGUCAACUUUUAUCUGGUAUACGUUAUGAACGUAGUCACUUUGCAUGGUAUUUUUUAAUUGUUUGUACCUAUAUAAGAUGAAAGAAACCACGGUUAGGGUCUAUGCUCGUUUCCUAUUUAUGUCAUUAUGCUAAUCCCUAUUUUUACCAUGAAUUCCCACUUAUGGUUCUAUUAUUUAAUUUAUUUACAAAAAAAAAUUGGUAAUGGAGGAUAUUUAUGCAAUCGGUCAUUCUUUUCCGAGAUGCACGUCUCAUCAAAAGUUGUUGAGCUACGGAUCUUUUUCAGCAUCAUCCAUAUAUUCAUCUAAUGUUUGAGAAGCUUCCUGGCUUCCUGUUUGCUCUGUAUUAGCAAUAUGGUACAGGUUGACUAGAAUCUUUGAAUAGUUAGAAGCAUGAUAUUCAUUGUCUCUCUUUUUUUCUUAAUCUGACGUUUUC